GGCCAGGGCUGGUCCUCAGCCUGACCGGGCAGCACUGGCUUUCACAGUGGCUUCUCGUCCUCACACUCCCCUACUCCUGUCUCCCUGGGUGGACUUGUGUCCGCUCACGUUCGGCGGCUCACUCGAGAAAGGGAAAUUGAGGCUGAAGGAGAAGGAGGGUCUCAAGCACCACCUAGGGGCCAGGCCUUGUAUACACAGGAGAGCAUGCCGUCAGCCAUGAUGUGCUUCUGGACCUGCAGAGGCAUCUGGGGUUCCGGGCGGCGGCAGCUGCGGGCGGACGGCCGGCUUGGUGGGAUGGACUGGCCGCACAACCUGCUUCUCCUUCUUGCUAUUUCCAUCUUCCUGGGGCUGGGCCAGCCCAGGAGCCCCAAAGGCAAGAAGAAGGGUCAAGGGCGGCCUGGGCCCCUGGCCCUUGGGCCUCCCCAGGUCCCCCUGGACCUGGUGUCUCGGGUGAAGCCCUUCGCUCGCAUGGAGGAGUACGAGAGGAACCUGGCUGAGAUGGUGGCCCAGCUGAGGAACAGCUCCGAGCCAGCCCCGAAGAAGUGCGAGGUCAACCUGCAGCUCUGGCUGUCUAACAAGAGAAGCCUGUCUCCGUGGGGCUACAGCAUCAACCACGACCCCAGCCGCAUCCCCGCGGACCUGCCCGAGGCGCGGUGCCUGUGUCUGGGCUGCGUGAACCCCUUCACCAUGCAGGAGGACCGCAGCAUGGUGAGCGUGCCGGUGUUCAGCCAGGUGCCCGUGCGCCGUCGCCUCUGCCCGCAGCCUCCGCGCCCGGGGCCCUGCCGCCAGCGCGCAGUCAUGGAGACCAUCGCCGUGGGCUGCACCUGCAUCUUCUGAGCGCCCGCCGAGCCACGCAAGGCUGACCAGACGCAGGCUCUGUGCUUUGUAAAGCAAGCCUUUGGCUUUGCUCUUGUUGGAUGACAGCAAAAAUUGGGGUGGGGUUUGGAGAGCCUGGGGAGUCGUAUAUCAGAUCAAUAUAAAGAGAAUUUUUCCAUCUUUCUGAA